AUGACCUCUCACAUGGUGUUUCUUCAGGUGCGCAAAAUUCUAGACUUGGUUCAAAGCAAGGGAGAAGAAGUUUCCGAAUAUUUCAUCUAUGUCCUGCAGAAAGUCACUGAUGCCUAUUAUGAGCUUCAGCCUUGGUUGGAUGAAAUAGGUUACCAGCCUUCAGAGAAUAUUCUUAGUAAACCUGUGGAAAAUACAGAUCCAGUUAGCAGGUAUUAUCAGAAACUCAGAUAUGAACUGGGCCGGGACUCGAAGUUUGUCAUGUCGUAUGCGCAGAGGGAAGAGAUGCUGCUCGAAGAAAUCUACUCUAACAAUAUUAUGGAGCUGCUCACUUUCACCAAUGAGAGUCUAGGCAAAGUGUCUCAGCCAGAAGCGCUUUUUGAUGAUACUGUUGGGCUAAUUAAUGAAGAUGGAGAAACCAUCUAUGUCUACGGUGAUGCAGGAAUUGGAAAAUCCAUCUUGCUGCAAAAGAUCCAAAGCCUUUGGGCCAAACAGGAUUUGGAUAUAGGGGCCAAGUUUUUUUUCCGUUUCCGAUGCAGGAUGUUUAGUUGCUUUAAAGAAAAUGAAGCCAUAUGUUUGAAAGACCUUUUGUUCAAAUACAACUGCUACCCUGACCAGGACCCCGCAGAGGUGUUCCAUCACAUCCUGCACUUCCCUCAUACUGUUCUUUUCACAUUUGAUGGCUUUGAUGAGAUCUAUUCUAACUUUGAUCUCAGUAGCGUUCCCGAGAUGUGCUCACCCAACGAACCAAUCCAUCCCCUGGUGCUGCUGGUAAACCUCCUCAGAGGAAAGCUGCUUAAGGGAUCCAAGAAAAUUCUUACAGCGAGAACAGGAACUGAGAUCCAAAGAAACAUCAUUAGAAAGAAAGUGCUGCUCCGUGGGUUCUCCAGCAGUAACCUGAAGGAAUACACUGCCAUGUUUUUCAAAGAUGAGGGGCAACGAACACUGGUGCUGAACCAACUGGAAGCUAACCCCAGUCUCUGCAGUUUGUGUUCAGUGCCUUUAUUUUGUUGGAUUAUCUUUAAAUGCUAUGAACACUUCCAUUCCAUGUUUGACAGCCAUGAAAUUCCAGACUGCUCUGUUACAUUGACAGAUGUAUUUUUGGUCAUGGUUGAAGUCCAUCUGAGCCGAUCUCUGAAAACAGGUUUGCUGAAGAACAACACCAGAAGCCAAGCAGAAACAUUCAGAUCAAGAAAGGAAUCUCUUCUGGCUUUGGGUGAAAUUGCUUACAAAGGGAUGGAGAACUCCCUGUUUGUCUUUGAGCAGGAGGAGGUCUCAGCAGUGAACAUCUCUGAAGAGGAUUUGCAAUUGGGCUUUCUCAGGACAGUUCAGGGUUACAGUGGCUGUGACGAUCAGUCCAUUUAUGAGUUCUUGCACUUAACGCUUCAGUCUUUUUUCACAGCUUUGUUCCUGGUCAUUGAGGAGAAAGUGGGUUCCAAGCAACUGCUUAAGUUUUUCAACGAAUCCUCUUCCACUAACACCACACAACCUACUUGCCUUCGUAUUCCUUGGCUGAGAAAACAACUGGCAGGGGGGGAUCCUUUCCGAAAUAACGAACAUUUUCAUUUCACCAACCUUUUUCUUUGUGGCCUGCUUUCUAGAUCCAGGCAGAAGCUCCUCAGACAUUUAGUUCUGCCCUCAGUCAUUAAGAGGAAGAGAAAGACGCUCUUCACAUACCUUGGGGAGAGCAUGAAAUCCCACCUUAAAAACCUCACUCGUGCCAGGCUUCCAAACUACUAUCAGCUCCAGGUCCAGCCCAACUUUGUGUGGAUGCUGCGGUGCCUUUACGAGACGCAGAGCGAGAAAGUGGGCAAGCUGGCUGCCAAAUGCAUGCGUGCCAACUACGUCAAGCUCACGUACUGCAACGCCUACUCCGCCGACUGCAGCGCCAUUUCUUUCGUUAUGCACCACGUCCAGAAGCGCCUGGGUCUCGACUUGGACAACAACAACAUCAAUGACUACGGAGUAAAACAGCUGCUGCCUUGUUUCAGCAAACUCGCCGUGAUCAGGCUCAGUGUAAAUCAAAUCACAGAUCAUGGCGUGAGGAUCCUGUAUGAAGAGCUCUCCAAAUACCAGAUUGUGACCUUUCUGGGCUUAUACAACAAUCAGAUCACUGAUGUUGGAGCCAAAUAUGUUGCAAAGCUAAUUGAAGAAUGUUCAAGCCUUCAAUAUGUUAAAAUAGGAGCAAACAAAAUAACUACUGAAGGAGGGAAGUGCCUUGCCCAGGCCAUACAGAAGAACAAGAUGAUGUUUGAAAUUGGGAUGUGGGGUAACCGGGUUGGAGACGAAGGGGCCAAGGCGUUUGCAGAGGCGCUGAGGAACCACCCCAGGUUGACCAACGUGAGUCUCGCAUUCAACGGCAUCACAUCGGAGGGGGGCAGAAGCAUCGCCGAGGCCAUGCAGCACAACGACUCCGUGAGGAUAUUCUGGUUGACUAAAAAUGACUUGGAUGAUGAGGCAGCAAUGAGUUUUGCAGAGAUGCUGAAGGUCAACAAGAAACUGGUGCAUUUAUGGCUUAUCCAGAAUCAAAUUACAGCCAAAGGAGCGAAGUACCUCAGCGAAGCUCUCAAGGAGAACACAGCCAUUAAAGAAGUCUGUUUGAACGGGAACCCAAUAAGCCGAGAAGAGGCCAAAGCCUUUGAAAAUGAAGAACGGAUCAUUUGCUUUUGAACGAAGACUUGCCUGUUUUGUCGAGUUUCACGUUACAGAGGCUGCUC